AAGGUUUUCCUUCAACCCCUAGCCUUGUCAUCUCUCUCUCUCCCUCUCGGCAUUUCGGCUGAAGCAGAAACUGAAAUUGAAUCUCCGCCAUGACCCAAGUGGCGAGCUCGGUGGUGUUCGAUGUUCUCGGUCAUGGAGCGCAGGAUGUCGACGAGCCCAUCAUGGACUACAUCAUCAAUGUCCUCGCCGAUGAAGAUUUCGACUUCGGCGACGAUGGUGACGGUGCCUUUGAUGCCGUCGGUGAGCUCCUUGUGGCUGCCGGUUGCGUCUCCGAUUUUGAAGAGUGCCGUAUGGUUUGUCGCAAACUGUCGGAUAGGUUUGGGAAGCAUGGUUUGGUGAAACCCAAACCAGCUGUCAGGAGUCUUGCAAUGCCCGUACGGAUGAAUGAGGGCAUGGAUGAAGGACAAGUGCGCAAGAAGAAGCCAGAGCCCGUAGAUGGUCCUUUGCUGUCUGAACGUGACAAACAAAAGAUAGAAAGGAGGAAGAAAAAGGAGGAGCGCCAAAGAGAGGCACAAUACCAGAAGCAUGUUGCUGAAAUGGAAGAAGUUAAGGCAGGGAUGCCUGUGGUAUGUGUCAAUCACGAAACUGGUGGUGGACCAGCUGUCAGGGAUAUUCAUAUGGAGAACUUCAAUAUUUCUGUUGGAGGCCGUGAUCUGAUUGUAGACGAAACAAUUACUCUCGCUUUUGGACGCCAUUAUGGUCUUGUAGGACGUAAUGGUACUGGUAAAACAACAUUCCUGCGGUACAUGGCUAUGCAUGCUAUAGAUGGUAUUCCUCGUAAUUGCCAGAUAUUGCAUGUCGAACAAGAAGUGGUUGGUGAUGAUACAACGGCAUUGCAGUGUGUUCUUAACUCUGAUAUUGAAAGAACCAAACUGAUGCAAGAAGAAGUUCAAUUGCUGGCAAAGCAGAGAGAACUGGAGUUGGAAGGAACAUCAGGAAAGGACGAAAUGCAUUCCAACGGAGUGGCUGGUAAAGAUUCCAUUUCUCAACGGCUUGAAGAAAUAUACAAAAGGCUUGAUGCAAUUGAUGCUUAUUCAGCCGAGUCUCGUGCGGCUAGCAUUCUUGCUGGGCUCAGUUUCACUCCAGAAAUGCAGCAUAAAGCUACAAAGGCUUUUUCUGGAGGAUGGAGAAUGAGAAUUGCACUUGCCCGUGCACUAUUUAUAGAGCCUGACUUGUUGCUGCUUGAUGAACCUACAAAUCAUCUUGAUCUUCAUGCUGUCUUGUGGUUGGAAUCGUAUUUGGUGAAGUGGCCAAAAACAUUUAUAGUGGUUUCCCAUGCGAGGGAAUUCUUGAACACGGUGGUUACAGACAUCAUCCAUUUGCAGAACCAAAAGCUAACUGCCUACAAAGGAGAUUAUGACACUUUUGAAAGAACACGGGAGGAACAAGUGAAGACUCAACAGAAAGCAUUUGAGGCAAAUGAACGCGCGAGAUCACAUAUGCAGGCGUUCAUUGAUAAAUUUCGUUACAAUGCGAAAAGGGCAUCUCUUGUUCAGUCAAGAAUCAAGGCAUUGGAUCGGAUGGGUUAUGUGGAUCAAGUUAUUAAUGACCCAGACUACAAAUUUGAAUUCCCAACUCCAGAUGAUAGGCCCGGUCCCCCUAUAAUUAGUUUCAGUGAUGCAUCAUUUGGUUACCCUGGUGGUCCGUUAUUGUUUAAGAAUCUGAAUUUUGGUAUAGACCUGGAUAGCCGUGUUGCGAUGGUGGGGCCCAAUGGUAUCGGUAAAUCAACUAUACUCAAACUUAUUUCUGGAGAUCUGCAACCAAGUUCUGGGACAGUUUUCCGUUCAGCUAAGGUUCGAGUUGCUGUGUUUAGUCAACACCAUGUUGAUGGACUAGACCUUUCUUCAAAUCCACUUCUAUAUAUGAUGCGCUGCUACCCGGGAGUGCCAGAGCAAAAGCUUAGAGCUCACCUGGGUUCUUUAGGUGUCACCGGGAAUCUUGCACUGCAACCUAUGUACACCUUAUCAGGUGGUCAGAAAAGCAGAGUUGCCUUUGCGAAGAUAACGUUUAAGAAACCACACCUGCUCUUGCUCGAUGAGCCAUCCAAUCACCUUGAUCUGGAUGCGGUGGAAGCGCUGAUUCAAGGCCUUGUGCUAUUCCAAGGCGGUAUUUGCAUGGUAAGUCACGACGAACAUCUAAUAUCGGGAAGUGUAGACGAACUAUGGGCGGUGUCGGAAGGCAGGAUUACUCCUUUCCCCGGAAACUUCCAAGACUACAAGAAACUUCUCCACUCUUCUUGAAGAUGAAACCUCCUCAAAAGCACCCAAAUUGCUUAGCCAGUCAUCAUACACAUUGUUUUGGAUGAGACUAUAUAUAUAUAUAUAUAUUGGACAUCUGAUACGGUUGCAGAGCACAAGUUUAUGUACCCUCAAAGCCCUUUUCUUAUUAUGAUUCCAAACUUGCAUUGUUUUGGAUGUGCUGCUGUGUUAUUGUCUUGUGCCAAGGAAAGGAGCAGUGAAUGGACUUCAUUAUUC